GAUUUGAACGUGCCACUUUUUUCUUAACUUCAAUUGCCGACGCGCGCGAAAACUUGACAGUGUACUACUACGAGUAUCAUAGUUACCGCCAAUCGCGGUUCUCGCGCUAAUUAAAUUGCUUACAUGCUCGAUAGAAUUGAGGAUUUCAAUGAAUGGUCUUCGUUCGUUGAACGAACGAAUAGCAAAAGGAGAAAGAUUCGUCCACCUUACCCUCCUUUACGUUUGUUCCGUACAAAAUACUUUGUACACCAUCUUUCAUUUACCUUUAUCUAUCUUCUUUCGUACCUGUGUUUUGUUUUUCUUAUUGCGUUUCGACCCAACCCUUUUUGGGUCUUGUGACCACAUGUUUCUGUUAUGUAACACUACACAUGGUAGUGAUUGACGUACAAUGUGAUGGGUACCUUCCAUUUAUUGCCAAACAAGUAAUUUCCUUCGCUUGUUACGAGAGCCUAGAGGCAUCAAAUAAUGCCUUUCAAGCCGCGAGAAAAAAAUUAAGCAAUCCUUGCAAUUUCCUCAGGGCUGCUUUAAUUUCCCAUGACUACAUAAGUGUGGAUUCCAAGUCUGGAGCCUUGAAGAAAUCCAGUCGUUAUCGUAGCCGUUCUUUGUCAGCCAGUAGCACAGAUAGUUACAGUUCUGCAUCUUAUACAGGAAGCUCAUCAGACGAGGACGAUGUCUCGCCGCGUGAAAAGAUUCAGAAAACGGAAAAGGGUUUCAUUGACUUUUGCGUGCGCAACAUUAAUCAACACGCAUUUGGUCGUAGAGAAAUAGAAAUAGCAGAGCAAGAGAUGCCUGGAAUAAUGGCGCUCCGUAAACGUGCGGCUGAGGAUAAGCCGCUGAAGAACGCGAAAAUCGUAGGAUGCACUCAUAUCAAUGCUCAAACUGCAGUCCUCAUUGAAACGUUAGUACAUUUGGGAGCACAAGUCAGAUGGGCAGCGUGCAAUAUUUAUUCCACGCAAAACGAAGUGGCUGCUGCACUUGCACACGCCGGUUAUCCAAUUUUUGCCUGGCGUGGCGAAACAGAAGAGGAUUUCUGGUGGUGCAUCGACAAAUGCGUAGCAGCAGAGAAUUGGCAACCAAAUAUGAUAUUGGAUGACGGUGGUGACGCGACUCAUUUAAUGCUCAAAAAAUAUAACGCGAUGUUUAAAAUGAUUCAAGGAAUUGUUGAGGAGAGUGUAACGGGUGUACAUAGAUUAUACCAACUGUCCAAAGCAGGCAAACUAUCCGUCCCUGCCAUGAACGUAAACGAUAGCGUGACGAAGACCAAGUUCGACAAUCUUUAUAGUUGUCGCGAAAGUAUUAUCGAUAGUUUGAAAAGAUCUACAGACAUCAUGUUUGGUGGAAAGCAAGUUGUAAUUUGUGGCUACGGCGAAGUUGGUAAAGGCUGUUGCCAGGCUCUGAAAGGUUUAGGAUGUAUUGUUUAUAUAACUGAAAUCGAUCCUAUUUGUGCUUUGCAAGCUAGCAUGGACGGGUUCAGAGUGAUGAAACUGAACGAAGUAAUCAGAAACGUGGACAUUGUGAUCACAGCAACAGGCAAUAAAAAUGUAGUAACGCGCGAGCAUAUGGACAAGAUGAAGAACGGAUGUGUAGUGUGCAAUAUGGGUCACAGCAAUACGGAGAUAGAUAUCAACAGUUUACGCACGCCCGAUUUAACUUGGGAAAAAGUAAGGUCUCAAGUGGAUCAUGUUAUCUGGCCAGACGGAAAGCGCAUCGUGUUAUUAGCGGAAGGCCGUUUAGUCAACUUGUCUUGUUCCAGUAUUCCCUCAUUUGUUGUAUCAAUUACAGCUGCUACUCAAGCCUUAGCGCUUAUUGAAUUAUUCAAUGCGCCUCCGGGACGAUACAAAAGCGACGUCUAUUUACUUCCCAAAAAGAUGGACGAAUACGUGGCAUCCUUACAUUUACCAACGUUCGAUGCACACUUAACGGAAUUGUCGGAUGAGCAAGCCAAAUACAUGGGACUUAAUAAGGCUGGACCUUUUAAGCCUAACUAUUACCGCUAUUAAAAUGCGGACGAGUGACAACAGCUCACGCGGCAUUCGAAUAAUUAUGUUUAAAAGUAUUACGAAAGCUGCCUCGUUUCGAUGGAUUACCGUCUAUUGAUUAUGUCAAUAGAAAUUUCUUCGAACAAGGUUUCCCCGUUCCCUUUAUCGUAUUCAUAAGCUGUACCAUUGAGGUAGAAGAGUAUUAUUUCAGUGUGUUCCGAACAGAAAAUGCCGCAUUAGCACUGGUUGCAAUAAUCAAUAACUAGAAGUUACAUAAGCCAGUCUAUGUAUCGAAUUAACUUUCACACCUGUAUAGUGGAUUAAUUUAUGAACUGUGCAAGCAUAGAGUCAAAUGUGCAGUUGUUCAGUCGAGUCGAAAAUGGAAGUUUUGCCAAAUGCCGAUCAUACUUUUCUGGCAGAAAAAAAUUUAACAAAAGAACAAAAAAAAAGAGAGCAAUGAAGAUAUGAUUACACGACGAUCCGUACACGUGAAACAUUUUUAAUGCCAUAGGUUACGAAAUUAGAAACUGUCAUUGCCGUUAUUGAGAUACGCGCUAGAUACUAUUUUCAUGAAACCGUUAAUUAACGAGAACAAUAAUCCUUCCAAUACCAACGGAGACAUGUACAUAUAUACGUAGAGAAUUGAUCCAGUGAAAAACACGCAACGUUCGCCUCCCUAACGAGCUGAUGUCUCUUCGCGACAAUUACAUCCAAUCAUUGUUCUCAAUUUGUCCAUUGAAACAGUAAUUAUUUAUACCUAUGUAUUUAGCGUCUUCUCUCAGAGUCAAAGGAAAUCGUGUAGAACUAAAAGCCGAUGUUUCAAUUGUGUAUAUACAUACUUAUUUAAGAAAUACUAUUAAUUACGGGUGAGAAUCUCCUCGGAUUGACCCUUUUAUAAUUGGUCGUACACCAUUGUCCCAAUAAAAAAAGAAGAUAUCGACGAUCACACAUAGAAGAGAAAUAAACAUCUAUGAUGCCUUGAACACAA